AUGGCACCUCCAGCGAAGAGACGGAAGCGCAAUGUCGUUGAAUCCUCUCCCCAUACAUCAGAGAACGAGGACAGUCAACCAGUUCAGGUCAACAAGUUCAAAAGUCGAUUGAGUGAUUUGGCACACUCUCCGCCACUAAGUUCGAGCUCUUUAGAGCCAAUUACAAGGUCUAUGUCACAAUCUAGCAGCUCUACGAGAUCUUCUUUUAUAAAACCUUCAGCGAAAACGGCCAAUCAUCCUCAUAAUGCCGCGCCACUUUAUCUGCCAAAUCAUCGCAAGAAGGCCAAUACAAAGAGUCCAAGUACUAGUCCAGAAAAACCAAGAGGCAAAGGAAAAAUUGAGGAAAAGCGGAAAAGUGCAGAUAUUCAUACAUUCUUUACCAAGCAAGCGCAGAGGCAGCAAGCAGAAGGCGAGACGAUACCCAAACAAAGAAUUAAGGUACUCAGCUCGAAGGAUAUUCAGAAGGAGGCUGAUCUGAUAGAUGAUUUAAUAUCAGAUGAUGAUGAUGAUGAUGUGGGAGAGAGUCGAGCACAAACAGUUAGCAUGGUUGGACAAGCCGCCAAGCGCGUGGUCGGAAAGAACGUAUUUACAAAUUCAGGUACCUACAUACCCAGCGCUAGCCAAAGGUUUGUGAAGCCAUCUCAAGUUCCUUCAUUAGAGUCUAUAGUAGAGAAGGAGGAUAUGCGGCCUUGGGCCGAACGCUUUGGACCAAACAAUCUGGAGGAACUUGGAGUUCACAAAAAGAAAGUCACAGAUGUUCGAACCUGGCUUGAAAAUGUCAUCAGGGGACAAAUGAGGCAACAGUUAUUGAUCCUAAAGGGUGCUGCAGGAACUGGAAAGACGACAACGGUACAACUGCUGGCGAAAGAUAUGGGAUGUGAUAUUCUAGAGUGGAGGAACCCUGUUGGAUCGGUGGCUUCCUCAGACGGCUUUCAAUCAGUGGCUGCACAAUUUGAGGAAUUCAUGGGUCGGGGUGGAAAGUUCGGUCAACUUGAUUUGUUUUCCGACGAUAAUGCAGAUAUUCUAGGAAAACCAGAAGUAAAACCAUUGGAUCGAAAGAAGCAAAUUAUCUUGGUCGAAGAAUUUCCAAACACUUUCACUCGUUCCUCGAGUGCUCUUCAAUCAUUCCGAUCUGCGAUACUUCAAUACCUUGCAUCUAAUACCCCUCCUCUUUCAGUGCCAUACAACCCUAAAGCUAAGAAGGAUCAUAUCACUCCAGUGGUAAUGAUUGUUUCUGAGACAUUGCUGACGACGACCUCCGCAUCUGCCGACAGUUUCACUGCGCACCGUCUCCUUGGGGCAGAAAUUCUCCAGCAUCCGGGUGUAGGAAUUAUAGAGUUUAAUGCUAUUGCCCCUACAAUAUUAGCAAAGGCCCUCGAGAUAGUAGUUCAGAAAGAGUCACGGAAGUCAGGAAGGAGAAAGACACCAGGGCCUCAGGUGUUGAGAAGGCUUGGUGAGGUGGGCGAUAUCAGAAGCGCAAUUGGGUCUCUGGAAUUCAUGUGUUUGAGAGGGGACGUUGAUGAUUGGGGAGGCAAAGUUGUUUUUGGAAAAGGCAAGAAAAAAAGCAAAGAUACUUUGCUGACAAAAAUGGAAGAGGAUUCUUUGGAACUGAUCACUCGCCGCGAAGCUAGCCUUGGAAUCUUUCAUGCUGUAGGUAAAGUGGUAUAUAACAAACGCGAAUCAAGGGCACCAGGAUAUGUGGAAUCUUUACCACACUUCAUAUCUCAUCACUCACGUCCCAAUAAAUCCGAAGUAAACAUAAAUGAGCUCAUUGAUGAGACUGGCACCGACACUCCAACGUUCAUCGCUGCCCUCCACGAAAACUACAUUCUCUCAUGUGAAGCACCGCCCUCUUCCUUCGAAUUCUCCUCUCUCGAUCACGUCAAUGGAUGCAUUGACGCGCUCUCCGAUAGCGAACUCCUCUGCCCGUCCUGGGAUGGUUCUCUCCAAUCCUCGGGCUUUGGUGGCGGCAUAAUAGGGACAGGAGGAGACAUACUCCGCCAAGAUGAGAUGUCCUUUCAGAUCGCCGUCCGUGGCAUCCUCUUUUCUCUUCCCCACCCUGUAUCUCGCAAAGCUCCCGCAGCGGCCGGAUUCAGAACUGGCAAAGCGGCAGAUGCACACAAAAUGUUUUAUCCCACUAGUCUUAAAUUGUGGCGCAUGAAAGAGGAAAUGGAAAGUACAUUAGAUCUAUGGGUUACACGCUUAAUUAAAGGAGAGGCCGAUCUCACAAACAUAGAAUCUGCAAGCAUUACCUCCGGCGCCGCUGCAUUUGCUCGUCCAAAACCUGGCACAGUGGAAAGUUGGAAGACUAAGAACGCCGUUCCCGCGUCAUCACAAUCAAAAUCAAACAGCAAAUCUAACCCCAACACUUCCAAAGAAGAAAAUUCUCCUCCACUUCUAAGCCUCGGUGUCUCUGCCCGCACAGAAAUGCUCCUCGAGCGUCUCCCCUACAUGAUCCAAAUUUGCAAAUUCAAAUGCAAAUCUCAAUCCCAAUCCCGCGCCACCUUCCCAUCACCAACUAACCCCCUCAUCAAAUCCCUCGAAAAAAUAACAACAUUCACAGGCAUCGGUCCGCAACAAACUGCCGACGAGACUGCCACCUCCUCAGACGACGACGAAUCAAAAAAUAAUACGGAAAAUUGGGCCACGGAUAAACCGGAUGGUGUGAGUACACCCACAAGGAAAAAUAAACAGGCAAGGCCGGUUAUAAAAAAGGGAAUCGGUGGUGAGAGAGCGAUGCCGGUGCAACAGCUAGAGCAGAAGUUCGUUCUGAGUGAUGAUGAUAUUGAGGAUGAUUGA